GAAUUAUAAUUUUGUUCAAAUAUGAUUCAAAAUGGCGGGCAAACAUUCGAAGUACCGAAAAUUACAUCUGCAUUUACUCAUGAACGUUCAAAACUGAUGAAGGCAAUUGACAUUUUUAAAACAUCUCUAGUGGUGGGACUUAUUGUUAAUCAAGAAGACAUGCCGUUUAAUGAAGUGGGUAUUUGUCCUGACAUAAUCAUGAAUCCACAUGGAUUCCCAUCCCGUAUGACAGUUGGAAAAUUGAUCGAAUUGCUUGCUGGGAAGGCUGGUGUCAUGGACGGGAAGCGUCGAUACGGAACCGCAUUUGCUGGUGAUAAAGUACAUGAUGUCGGUCAAGUCUUGGUUGAACAUGGUUUUAAUUAUGACGGAAAAGAUUACUUCACCUCUGGCAUAACAGGUGAACCUCUGGAGGCUUAUAUAUAUUCAGGUCCUGUGUACUAUCAGAAAUUAAAACACAUGGUCAUGGAUAAAAUGCACGCUCGAGCGAAGGGCCCCCGAGCUGUGUUGACCAGGCAGCCAACUGAAGGUCGUUCAAGGGAUGGUGGACUACGAUUAGGAGAAAUGGAAAGAGAUUGUUUGAUAGGUUAUGGAACGAGUAUGCUGCUGGUUGAACGUUUAAUGAUAUCCAGUGAUCAGUUUGAAGUCGACGUAUGUGUCAAAUGUGGUUUAAUAGGAUAUUCCGGCUGGUGCCAUUUCUGUCAGUCCUCGCAUGAUAUUUCCUCAAUCAAGAUUCCCUACGCGACAAAACUAUUAUUCCAAGAACUGAUAAGUAUGAAUAUUAUUCCGCGAUUAACGUUGAGACCAAGUGUUGAAUGAAUAAUUGUGUGCCAAAAUUGUCUGACGGUCGUUUGUGGUUAAGAGUGAGUGUUGGGAAUCAGAACUGAA